AUGCCCGGAGCCACGCUUCCCGCUGUACCUCACUACCAGCGGCCUCCCACUACCAAGGAAGACUUGGUUUGGGCCGAUCUGCCAAUCAUCGACUUCUCCAAGGUGGGGACUCCCGAGGGGCGAGCGGAACUCGUGCCUCAAGUCCGCGAUGCGAUGCGGACUCAUGGCUUCCUCAUCGUCAUCAACCACGGCUGGACGCAGGCUCAGAACAAUCGCAUCUUCGAUGUGGCCGACGUGCCCUUCACGCAAGUGUCCGAAGAUGAAAAGAAGCGGUUCCAGACGAAGACUCAGGAGACGGGCACUCCCGAAGGCUACAAGCUCCGUCGCAGUUGGACAGUCAACAACGGUGUCCGCGACGAGCUAGAGUACUACACCUUUUUCGGCCAGUCGGACCAUCCUGAGGCUUUGCAACCCUUCUUACCUGAGUAUCAUGAGUUUGCAAGACACAACCACUACAAUGUGUUGUAUCCCGUCCUCAGACUGCUUGCCACGGGCAUGGAGCUACCAGAAGAAACAUUUGUCGACAUCCAUGAUUUCGACGAAACUGCCGUUAAAUACGCUCGUUUCUUGAAAUACCAUCCCCGCGCGGAAGAAGAGGAAGUAAAGGCGGACAACGUAUGGCUCAAAGGUCACACAGACAUCGGUACGAUUACGGUCCUCUGGAGCCAGCCUAUAUCUGCCCUCCAAAUCAUGUCGCCUGAUGGCAAGUGGCGCUGGGUUCGACACAUCGAAAAUGCGUUGGUUGUCAACAUCGGAGACGCCAUGGAGAUGCUCACAGGCGGUUUCUACAAGGCUACCAUUCAUCGCGUGGUUCAGCCGCCCAAAGACCAGCGCGGUUUCACCCGUCUUGGCGCGUUCUACUUCGCAAUGUGCAACGACGAUGUCAAGCUCGUCCCGUUCACUGACAGUCCAGCCCUACAAAGGGAGGGUGUGGUUCGCAAGGUUGAGGAUAUGGACGCUCCAACUAUGCGUGACUGGCGCAAGGCGCGGUCUGCGGCGUACGGGGUGUCGGAGACAAAGCGCAAAGACGAUGUCGUCGAGGAACAGAUCAUCAAUGGCGUGGUCGUGAAGCACUAUAACUAG